CUUCCCGUUUAGGCGUUUUUCACACAGGGACCGACCCGGCGGCCACUGGCAGAGACACAACGACACGGACUCCCACAACACAUUUAGGAUUUUAACCCGCUUUAGUGUAAAUUAAAUAUUUAAGAGGCAAAUAUGGCAACGGAAAACAUGGAAAUGAACGGAGAUGCAGACAGAGAGCACGGAGGAGAGCUUCCACACCUUAGGGGCAGGAAUCACAGGGCGACGAGGGGUGCUCUGAACAUGAACCACUACGCCAAUAAGAAGAGUGCAGCAGAGAGCAUGCUGGAUGUGGCAUUACUCAUGGCCAACGCCUCCCAGCUGAAGGCAGUCCUGGAGCAGGGCCCAGGUUUCACCUUCUACAAACCUCUCAUCACCCUCAUCUCUAUCUCCCUCAUCCUGCAGGUCACAGUGGGCAUCCUACUCAUCUUCAUCGUAAAGUGGAACGUGAACGAUGAGAGCAUGCACUUCAAGCUGAACAUUAUGGAGAAUGUCACCACAGCACUCGUCUUCAUCAUUGUUGUAGUCAAUGUCUUCAUCACAGCAUUUGGCGUCCAGAAGCCCAACACCAACUCCUAACUGCCCUCACGCCUUACCCAUGGUCAUCAGCUAGUACACAGGCCAGAGAAUUUCAGUGAUCCAGUCUUCCAUAGGCCUCAAGCCAUCAGGUUCUCUGUUACGUCAAAGACAAUGGAUAGAUCAACUCUACAGGACUCACACUGGCCUUUCAUAUCCACAGCCAGUCAACAUUUCAGAGGCAAUUACAAACUCAGAGUUGACCAUCUUUGUCUUUGGCUUUCCAUAUUAAUUUCUCAGGAUCUCAAUCAGAUUCUCAGUUGCAUUAUCAAGAUCAGAAUUUGUCUUCCCCUGGUCAUUUACCCUACUUCAUGAUGUUACGUCACACACUUCAUCAGUUGCUAUUUACAUGCUGUGAGAACAUUACAUUGUUCAAAUGACCAAUGGCGUUCAUUUAUUGUCUUUUCAAAUAUCAAAUUAAAUUGAUUUAUAUAGCCCUUCGUACAUCAGCUGAUAUCUCAAAGUGCUGUACAGAAACCCAGCCUAAAACCCCAAACAGCAAGCAAUGCAGGUGUUGAAGCACGUUGGCUAGGAAAAACUCCAUAGAAAGGCCAAAACCUAGGAAGAAACCUAGAGAGGAACCAGGCUAUGAGGGGUGGCCAGUCCUCUUCUGGCUGUGCCGGGUGGAGAUUAUAACAGAACAUGGCCAAGAUGUUCAAAUGUUCAUAAAUGACCAGCAUGGUCAAAUAAUAGGUCUGGGACAGGUAGCACGUCCGGUGAACAGGUCAGGAUUCCAUAGCCGCAGGCAGAACAGUUGAAACUGGAGCAGCAGCACGACCAGGUGGACUGGGGACAGCAAGGAGUCAUCAUUCCAGGUAGUCCUGAGGCAUGGUCCUAGGGCUCAGGUCCUCCGAGAGAGAGAAAGAAAGAAUUAGAGAGAGCAUACUUAAAUUCACACAGGACAGCAAGCAAUGCAUGUGUAAGACAGGAGAAGUACUCCAGAUAUAACAAACUGACCCUAGCCCCCCGACACAUAAACUACUGCAGCAUAAAUACUGGAGGCUGAGACAGGAGGGGUCAGGAGACACUGUGGCCCCAUUUGAUGAUACCCCCGGACAGGGCCAAACAGGAAGGAUAUAACCCCACCCACUUUGCCAAAGCACAACCCCCACACCACUAGAGGGAUAUCUUCAACCACCAACUUACCAUCCUGAGACAAGGCCGAGUAUAGGCCACAAAGAUCUCCGCAAACGGCACAACCCAAGGGGGGGCGCCAACCCAGACAGGAAGAUCACAUCAGUGACUCAACCCACUCAAGUGACACACCCCUCCUAGGGACGGCAUGAAAGAGCACCAGUAAGCCAGUGACUCAGCCCCUGUAAUAGGGUUAGAGACAAAGAAUCCCAGUGGAAAGAGGGGAACCGGCCAGGCAGAGACAGCAAGGGCGGUUCGUUGCUCCAGAGCCUUUCCGUUCACCCUCACACUCCUGGGCCAGACUACACUCAAUGAUAUGACCCACUGAAGAGAUGAGUCUUCAGUAAAGACUUAAAGGUUGAGACCGAGUUUGCGUCUCUCACAUGGGUAGGCAGACCAUUCCAUAAAAAUGGAGCUCUAUAGGAGAAAGCCCUACCUCCAGCUGUUUGCUUAGAAAUUCUCGGGACAAUUAGAAGGCCUGUGUCUUUUGACCGUAGCGUACGUGUAGGUAUGUACGGCAGGAUCAAAUCAGAGAGAUAGGUAUGAGCAAGCCCAUGUAAUGCUUUGUAGGUUAGCCCUUGCCAAUCAGCCCUUGCCAUGACAGGAAGCCACUGUAGGGAGGCUAGCACUGGAGUAAUAUGAUCAAUUUGUUUUGGUUCUAGUCAGGAUUCUAGCAGCCGUAUAUAGCACUAACUGAAGUAUAUUUAGUGCUUUAUCCGGGUAGCCGGAAAGUAGAGCAUUGCAGUAGUCUAACCUAGAAGUAACAAAAGCAUGGAUUAAUUUUUCUGCAUAAUUUUUGGACAGAACGUUUCUGAUUUUUGCAAUGUUUCGUAGAUGGAAAAAAGCUGUCCUUGAAACAGUCUCGAUAUGUUCGUCAAAAGAGAGAUCAGGGUCCAGAGUAACGCGAGGUCCUUCACAGUUUUAUUUGAGACGACUGUACAACCAUUAAUAUGAAUGGUCAGAUUCAACAGAAGAUCUCUUUGUUUCUUGGGACCUAGAACAAGCAUCUCUGUUUUGUCCGAGUUUAAAAGUAGAACGUUUGCAGCCAUCCACUUCCUUAUGUCUGAAACACAUGCUUCUAAGCGAGGGCAAUUUUGGGGCUUCACCAUGUUUCAUUGAAAUGUACAGCUGUGUGUCAUCCGCAUAUCAGUGAAAGUUAUAUGAUCUACAGGGUUAUUUUAUACAUAUCCCAGAGCCGCUGUCGUGGUGACUUUGUUCUAGAAAUACUUGAUGUACACACCCAGCUGCUGCGCACGCGUGCAAGAGUCUUCAUUCUACUUUUAGCUCUGUACAAAAACAAGUAUUUCUAUAUUUUUACCACCCUAGCUAAAACCCAAAGCACAGCUGUCUUAACUGCUAUCGUUAAUGCAGUAGAGGUUUGCAGAUGUUUUUGGACUUCAGCUUAUCUGGGUGUGCUGUAAACGCAGUGGUGAAAAGUACUUAAUAACAAAAAUACUUUAAAGUAAUACUUAAAUCGUUUUUUGGGGUAUCUGUACAUUACUAUUUAUAUUUUUGACAACUUUUACUUCACUACAAUCCUAAAGAAAAUAAUGUACUUUUUACUCCAUACAUUUUCCCUGACAUCCAAAAGUACUCAUUAUAUUUUGAAUGCUUAGGACAGAAAAUUAUCAAAUUCACACACUUAUCAAAAUAACAACCCUAAUCAUCCCUACUGCCUCUGAUCUGGCACAGCCCCAUGCUAAACAUGUGUACAUCAUUGUACAGCAGAGAGGAGCGGAGAUAAUCAGAGUCCUGUAUGAGCCUGGGCCUACAUAUCGUGUGUAUAUAUAUAUAUAUAUAUAUAUAUAUAUAUAUAUUUCAGGCAGUACUGUACAGUUUAGUCAUUAAGGGUUAAAAAAUUCAAAUAACUAUCCCAAAAUAACCAGGUUUAAGUUACCAGACUUUUGCAACCUAACAGUCAACAAACCUCAACUUGGUAUCAGAGGGGACUGUGCGUACUGCCUUAUAUAUGUAAUCUCAGAUCUGUCAGAUACAGUAUGUAUAGUUAGAAUUUAAAUGUACAUGUAUAUACACCACAGGAUGCUGCUGAGGGGAGGACAGCUCAUAAUAAUGGCCGGAAUGGAGUGAAUGAAAUCAAACAUAUUUGACACCAUUCCAGUCAUUCUGCUAUAGCCAUUACCACAAGCCCUUCCUCCCCAAUUAAGGUGCCACCAAUCUCCUGUCAUAUACAGUACAAAAUAUUAAAGGACACCUUCCUAAUAUUUAUGGAGUUAUCUCCCCCCCACCCACCCAUUGAAUGGUACACAUACAUGUCUCAAUUGUCUCAAGACUUUAAAAUGAUUCUUUAACCCGUCUCCUCCCUUCAUCUACACUGAUUGAAGUGACAUCAAUAGGGGAUCAUAGCUUUCACCUGGUCAGUCUAUGUCAUGGAAAGAGCAGAUGUUCAUAAUCUUCUGUACACUCAGUGUAUAUAUUUGUGUUGAAGUGUGUAUGUCAUGCCUCGUUUAGCCUUGACAGUAUAAUAGUUUUUCUAUUUUUGUAAAUGAAGGACCAAAUCAUUUAACCCCACUUAAUAUACGUUGUUUUAUGCACUAUAUGCAGUAGAACACUUUACUACUCUGAAAUGAAGUUUGUGAAUAAAAUACAACAAUUUGUUCA